AUGGCGUCUUUCUCCGUCGUCAACGCGACGUUUUGUCCGCCGCCUUCUGGUGUUGCGUCGGGUGGUGCUCCUCCGGUCACUACGAUGCCUAGCAGUGUUCCUCCGAUUAGUCUGAUGGCUGGUGGUUCUGCAUCUAUCGGAGCUUCAUUCUCGCCGGUGCAUCCGUUCUUUGUGGCCAAUGGCGAUCUCUCUGCUCAACAUCAUGUGACAGUGCUACUAUCUUGA